AUGUCUGACCUCAAAGCAAGCGUUUCGGAGACGAAGAACGGCUUUCAUGUCGAAGGCUACGAAAAGAUCGAGUAUGACUUCACCUUUAUUGACGGAGUAUUCGAUGUCGCCAACCCCAAUCUGGCAGAUUGCUACAAGCGUUGGGGCCGGGUGCUGGCCGUCACGGAUAAGAAUGUGUACAACGUCUAUGGACACAAGAUGGAAAAGUACUUUCGACACUAUGGCCUCGAUUUGAAAAUCCACAAGACCUCGAUUGGCGAAAAGGCAAAGACCAUUGACACAUUCCUCGAGAUUUGUGAUUCCAUGACAGACUUUGGUAUCAUUCGAAAGGAGCCCGUUCUCGUCGUUGGAGGAGGUCUGGUCACAGACGUUGCUGGUUUCGCUUGCGCCGCGUACAGACGCAACACCAACUUUAUUCGCAUUCCCACAACCGUCAUUGGUCUCAUUGACGCCAGCGUAAGCAUCAAGGUGGCCGUCAACUAUGGCCGAUACAAGAACCGUCUGGGUGCAUACCAUGCGCCCAUGCACACCUUUCUGGAUUUUACCUUUUUGCGCACACUACCGAUUGCCCAAGUGCGAAAUGGGUUCGCCGAGCUUAUCAAGAUUUCAUCCUGUUCUCACCUCGAGGUCUUUGACUUGCUGGACAAGUACUGCGAGCAGUUGAUUGAGUGCCGGUUCGGCAGAGCAGACGGUGCUCCUGAUGAGAUUAACCGCGAGGGCAUCUACGAGAUGCUCCGCUUGGAGUCGCCCAACCUGCACGAGAUCGGACUUGACAGAGUCAUUGCCUAUGGCCACACCUGGUCGCCCUUGCAUGAGUUGGUGCCCGAGACACCUCUCCGACACGGUCAUGCCAUCUCCAUCGACAUGGCCUACUCGGCCACCCUAGCCAUGAAGCGCGGUCUCCUUUCCGCCGAUGAGCACCGCAGGCUGCUGACCCUGUUCUCGCGUGCCGGACUCAGCAUUGACCACCCCCAGUUUGACGACGAGGUCUUGGAUAAAGGCACGGCCGCCAUCCUCAAGACCCGGGACGGCCUGUUGCGUCUGGCCGUGCCCAACCCCCUGGGCAGCUGCAAAUUCAUCAACGACGUGUCCGAGCACGAGCUGCGCGACGCCCUGCGCAAGCACAAGGAGAUUUGCCAGACCUACCCCCGCCAGGGUGCCGGUAUCGAAGCCUAUGUCGACAGCAGCGACACGGGCUACACGGAGAACGGCGAGAGCGUCGACGACGCCGCAGAAGAGGCCGACAUCCCGCCGGGCAGCAAGGUUGUCAAUGGCAGCGCCACCAACGGAAACGGAUACGGACACGCCAAUGGGAAUAGCAAUGGCGAUAUUUCGCUGCUGGAAAAGGCCAAGGCGGCUCUGCUGUCCAACGGCAAUGGUCAUGCCAAGAAGCCGUACACAAACGGAGUCAAGGUUCAAGCAUAA